AUGGCGGAAGUACUAUCUCCUCUGCCCUCCCCGCCCAGCUCCAUCAAUAUGCUGCACUCGCGCCCUUCGUCUUCGGACGCAUACCAAGCCAACCACCAACGAGCUGGCUCAACCCCGAGGAGCAACUAUCGCAGCUCGCCCUCUGCCGCUCCAGUGCAGCCUUACGCUUUCCAAACAACCCCUCAUCUGAGACAGGAAUCACGCACUAUCUCAGCUUCUUCCAACGUACCUCAGGCCCAACAGAAGGGCCACAAAAGUACCUCUUCCACUUCGACCACCUCUUCGGCCGACCUUACCACAAAGACGCCUCCGCUGAGCCCAGGAAAGGAUGCCUUCAUCAACCUGUCUUCCAAUAUUCCUGAUCUCUCCUUAACGUCGUUUGAGACGACGCCAAAAUCUUCCCCCAACAGAUAUCGCCGAACACCUCAGCGUGCUGAUUCCAACCAUUCGCUACAGAAGGCACCAUCGCCUGCCUCAUCAGUCGACAACCUUUUGACACCGCCCGCCCCUCAACUCAAUCGAACCUCGAGUGAUGACAUAACCGUCACAAAAUCUAACACAUCUGAGUCAGCCAAGAGAUACCGCCGACGAAGCUUGAACAGCUUGGAGAUGAGCAAGCUCGAGGAUGGUCGUCCUUCUUCGCAGGGCAAUGCCACCAUCAGACCUGUCUCGUUCCACUCGCGCACCAGUAGUGGCGAUAGCACUGGUCGGCGAGUCCCAUCUUCAUCUACACCUCCUCCUGCUGAGUCAGGCAGAAUAUCUCCUGCUGCAUCGGGUAGUCCUGUGAAACUGCCUAUCCGUGGCAGUGCCACCAACCCUUCUCCUCUUUCCAAGUCGCCCAUCACUGGUGCGCCGCAAUCGCCAGAGGAAGAGACCCCAAGACGUGUAAACACAGCGCAGCCUCAGAGUCCAGCAGCUCAACAACUCGCCCAUUUGUCUGCCAAUGAUUUGAAUAGAGGUAUGAGAUCACGUCUAAGACGUGCUUUCUCCUUUGGUGCUACUCAAGAAUUACGACGAUCAAGCGAGAAUCUGCCUCCACAGGGUGCCAUCAACCCUCUCGAUGAGAUGGAUCCUGAGCAAGCUGCCAUUGCCAGACAACAGGAAGCCGCCGGUAUUGGUGCCAGCAUCUAUACUGGUCAAGGUGGCUUCACUGGGUCGACCGACAACUUGUCCAUCUCUUCGACUGCUUCAUCUGCGUCAAUGAUGCUCCGGAAAAUGGGAAAGGGUAUGAAGAAGGGUGGCCGUUCGAUCAAGGGUUUGUUCAGACCCAAGUCAGUCAUUGGAGUGCCUGCCGCCGAUGGACCGGUCCAACCUAGCAUGGCUCAAGUGUCCAUGGUGACGGUUGAAGCUGAGAGGCGGAACGUUAAUGUCAACGCACAUCCCGGAGAACAACCUGCUGGAGGAACUGGUUUCCCCAAGCUGGAGAAAAACUCGAUCGAGACUGCUCGGAAGUCGAUGGAUGGUCGUAACGAUUCUAUGCGCAAAAGCAUCGUUGGUAACGACGCAGAGAGGGCAGAGGUCUUGGCCGCAGUCAAGAAGGGUAUUUUGAAGCGCGCUGGUACCGGCUCGCCCAUUGCUUCCCCCGAUCUUCGCCCUCGCGACGGUGCCAUCUCGACCGAUUCACACAGCCCGGUAUCCAGCAUUCCAACUACACCUAGAGAUGAGCGUGGUUCGCGAAGCAUGUCAUCUACUACCAGCGACUACUUCAACAACCGCCUUGGUGUUUCGGCCGCCAAGAGCAUGCCCAACACUCCUCAAGGAGGUUCUCGCAAUAUCAGCUUUAGUCCUCGCAUCCAAUUCUAUGAUGCAUGGUCAGCAUCCGACUACGAUCGUCGCGGCGACAUUGCAACUUGCAAUCGUCUAACCCCAAUGCUCGCCCAGCAGAUCAAGGAGGAGCUCAACACUUUCAAGAUGGUUAGUUCUGGCACCUUCGGCUUCACUUGUUACACAAACACUAACUUUUCUUCUAGGNAGAUGGAGGUGCAUGAGCUGUCCAAGCCUCACACGCAUUUUUCUAAUUAUGACCGAACUUUGAAUGCAGCAUACUCAGCGUCGCACCGAAAGGAAUAA